AUGCUUCUCCGAGUCGGCUUCUUAGCCCUUGUCGCCGUGGCUUCUGUGGCGUGGGCUGUCGACACUGACAAGAACCCUGACCUCGUCGCUAAGCUUCGCGUGGCCAACACCAAUCUCGACCGCAUGAAGCUGCUCCCCAAUGACACAGACUGGUUCUUUGAUUUCACCAAGCAGGACAAGUACACCUUCUCGCCCGGGGGAGUGGUCAAUGCCAAUGCUGCUUCGUUCCCAGCGACUGCUGGACACGGCAUGACAAUGGCAAUACUCAACCUGGGCCCCUGCUCCAUGCUCCCACCGCACAUCCACCCGCGAGCCACCAACUUUGUCGUCGCCAUCUCCGGGACCACGCAAACCUACAUGGUCGCGGAGAACGGCGCGCGCACCGUGACCGAGACCCUCCGCCCGGGCCAGAUGACGAUCUUCCCGCAGGCGUCGGUCCACACGAUGAUGAACAUGGGCUGCGACAACGCGCAGCUGGUCUCGGCCCUCAACUCCGACGACUCGGGCACCACCAACCUGGCCAACACCUUCUUCUCGUUCCCGCAGAACAUCACCGGCACCGUCAUCGGAGGCGGCCUAAACGCCCAGGACAUCUUGGGCCGCGUGCCCGCCGUCGGGACGGGCAGCAACGCCGGGCCGCAGGCUUGCAUCGCCGCGUGCGCGAAGAAGGGGAAGAUGGUCAAGCGAGAGUGGUAG